UAAGGCCCAUCCGGAAAACGUCGCGUGAGAAGUGUUUACAUUUUGCAGGGAAUUGUUGCAUGGUCUUUUUAAACAAAAUGGCAGCGGAGGUGCAGCAAUUUCAAGAACUUGUUCAAUGUCUUAUGUCACCUGACAAUGAUGUCCGCAAUGCAGCAGAGACACAGUAUGGUAAACUUACAGAAGCCUCUCAGUUACAAUUGCUACUUCAGGUCAUGCUAUCACCAUGUUCCUUGGAGAUACGUAAAAUGGCUGCCAUAUUAUGUCGUCGACUUAUAUCAAACAUGGACGACUUCCCUACAAAAAUUGGUAUUGAUGUUCAAGAUGUUUGUAAAAAUCAAUUGGUGCAAGCUGCGCAGAUGGAACAGGACCAACAGAUGAGAAAGAAGUUGUGUGAAUGUAUAGCUGAACUUGCUAAGUGCUAUCUUGAUGAUGACGGUAACAACCAAUGGCCGGAAAUAUUAAAAUUUCUCUACGAGUGUUGCAAUUCAUCAGAAAAUGGAAUGAAGGAAGUUGCUUUGCAUAUAAUUAUCUCAUUUCCAGGUAUAUUUGGCACCCAGCAAGACACAUACAUACAAGUUAUAAAAGAAAUGCUUGCUUCUUGUAUCCUGUCAAAUAAUCCCGAUCAGGUAAGAAUGCUCUCUGCAAGAGCUUCGUGCACAUUUAUUACAGAAUGCGUGGAUGAAAAUAAAUAUAAAAUGUUCGCUGAUAUAUACCCUGGGAUUUUAGAGGCUAUUGGAGUGGCUGUGAAAACAGAAAGUGAUGAUGCAGUGUUAAAAAGUUUCGUAGAAUUAGUGGAAAUUGCGCCCAAGCUGGUCAGAAUUCACCUGCAACCUACUGUUACCUUAAUGCUUCAGGUUGUUGCCGACACCACACUUGAAAACUCUUGGCGUCAACUGGCAUUGGAAGCCAUAGUGACGCUAUCUGAAACAGCGCCUGCUAUGAUCAGGAAGAAUGGAAGUGAAAUGAUACCUAAAAUUAUAUCUGAGAUGUUAAGUUUGAUGGUAGAUCUGGAAGAUGAUGAGAAUUGGAGUUUCAGUGAUGAUAUUGAAGACACAGAUAUGGAUAGUAAUCCAGUAGCUGGCGAAAGUAGUUUGGACAGGUUUACAUGUGGUCUGGGUGGAAAAGCUGUUUUGCCUCACAUAAUUUCAACAAUUCCUCGUAUGUUGCAACACGCUGAUUGGAAAUACCGCCACGCUGCUCUCAUGGCUGUGUCUGCAAUAGCAGAGGGAUGUGUAAAACAAAUGGAGCCAUUACUUGCGAGCGUAGUGGAUUCUGUGCUACCCUUUCUACAGGACACACAUCCUAGAGUGCGUCACGCAGCAUGUAAUGCUCUAGGGCAAUUGGCAACAGAUUUUGGAGUUCUCUUUCAAAAAAAAUUCCAUGAGAAAGUCAUGCCGGGUUUGAUGGCAUUAUUGUUAAACGACACAGCUCAUCCACGAGUACAAGCGCAUGCUGCUGCUGCUAUGGUUAACUUCUGUGAGGAAUGUCCUCCAAAGAUUUUGGAGCCUUAUUUAGAUUCACUUGUUGACACACUGGAAGUGGUCCUUGCAUCAAAAAUUCAAGAGUUACUUCAAGGUGGUACAAAAUUGGUGCUCGAACAAGUUUUAACGACCAUAGCUACAGUAGCAGACACUGCUGAAACAAGAUUUACGAAGUACUAUGAAAGGUUUAUGCCAAGUCUAAAGUACAUCUUUCAAAACGCCAACGGUAAAGAUUACAGGCUGCUGCAUGGUAAAUCAAUUGAAUGCAUUAGUUUGAUUGGAUUAGCUGUAGGUGCAGAGAAGUUUCUUCCUGAUGCGUCUGAAGUGAUGCAAUUACUUUUAAAAUCUCAAACUGAUUCAGCAGAAAUCGAAGCUGAUGAUCCACAAAUGUCUUAUCUUAUAUCCGCGUGGGCAAGAAUGUGUAAAAUAAUUGGCAAGGAUUUUGUACAGUAUUUGCCUGUUGUGAUGCCACCUGUGUUGAAAGCAGCUCAGAUCAAACCAGAAGUUGCACUGCUAGAUGUUGAUGACCCACAAAAUAAUGAUGUUGAUGAGGACGAAGGUUGGGAGUUCGUCAAUCUUGGAGAUCAGCAAAAGUUUGGUAUCAAAACAGCGGGUUUGGAGGAUAAAAGCACUGCCUGUCAAAUGUUGGUUCAUUAUGCCAGGGAGCUUAAGGAAGGAUUUGCUGAAUACACUGGACAGGUUGUAAAGAUAAUGGUCCCUUUGCUGAAGUUUUAUUUUCAUGACACUGUUCGAGUAACUGCUGCUGAAUCUCUCCCUCACUUGUUGGAAUGCGCCAAAACAAAAGGGGAAGAGUAUGUUAAUCAAAUGUGGACAUAUAUUGCACCUGAACUUCUUAGCUCAAUUGAACGAGAGCCAGAAGAAGCUGUGGUGCCAGAGAUGAUGGAGAGUUUUGCGAAGUGUAUUGAAGUAUUGAGCAUUGGCCAUAUCACACAAGAAAACUUGACUCAACUAGCUCAACUGAUACAUGAGAAAUUAGAAACACAUGCAGAAAGACAAGAAGAGAGGCAUGUUAAACGAAAGGACGAAGACUAUGACGAGGAAACAGAAGAAAACUUACAGGACGAGCACGAGACAGACGAAUAUAUACUUAGUAAGGUUUCAGAUGUAAUGCAUGCUCUGUUUAAGACGCAUAGGGAAGUGAUAUUACCAAUUUUUGAACAACUUCUUCCCGACUUUAAUAAAUUGUUGGAACCAAGUCGACCUGCAUCAGACCGUCAAUGGGCUAUAUGUAUAUUUGAUGAUUUGCUAGAAUAUACUGGACCGAUUUCUGUAAAAUACCAAGAUUGCUUUUUGAAGCCGCUGAUCAAUAGUGUGCAAGAUCACAGUCCGGAAGUUAGACAAGCUGCUGCGUAUGGAUGCGGUGUCAUGGCGCAGUUUGGUGGGGAGAGUUACGCAGGCGCAUGCGCAGAAGUAGUGCCUUUGUUGGCUGCAGUAAUAUCGCAUGCAGAUGCUCGAAGUAAAAGUAACACGAAUUCAACGGACAAUUGUAUAUCGGCAGUGUCCAAGAUCUGCAAAUACAACGCUUCGGCAGUUAAUGUAAACGAUAUCAUUCCCAAGUGGUUAACAUGGCUACCUGUCACCGAAGAUCACGAAGAGGCUCCGCAUGUUUAUGGAUAUCUAUGCGAUCUUAUAGAAGCAAAUCAUCCAGCCGUUCUUGGUGAUAACAACGCAAAUCUACCGAAUAUCGUAAAAAUAGUUGGGGAAGCUGCCGCCUGUGAAGUAUUCGACCAAUAUCCAGAUGUCGCUAGUCGCGUUAAAACUAUACUUUGCCAAAUACAGGGCAACGAAGCAGUGUGGAAUGUGUGUGUGCAAGAACUAGAUGAGCGACAGAAGAAAGCGUUGGCUAGUCUUUGACAGUUUUUACAAUCCACCGUGUAAUUAAAAUGUAAAUUUUACUUUUCAUAAGAUUGAGUGGUCAACAACAAAAACAAUAA